UUCUCCAUCUCAUUUCAGUUACCUUCCAAAGAUGGAUGUGAAGAGCACAUCGACCAUGCUUUUCUUCUUUCUGCUCCUCUCUGCCAUUUUCCCAACCUCUUCCUCUGCUCCUUUCUACUUUGUUUUCCAGAUUCAAGGAAAUGUAUAUCCACUUGGGUAUUACACGGUGAAGCUCUCCAUUGGCAAUCCUCCCAAGUCUUUUGAUCUUGACAUUGACACGGGUAGUGAUCUCACUUGGGUAGAGUGUGAUGCACCAUGUUCAGGUUGCACCAUACCUCGUGAUCGACAGUAUAAACCCCACGACAACCUAGCGAAAUGUGGGAAUCCUUUGUGCGCCUGUGAUGGCCCAAAUGGGCAAUGUGAGUAUGAGGUUCAGUAUGCAGACCAAGGAUCAUCUCAUGGUGUGUUAGUUCAAGAUAAUAUUCUCUUUAAAGUCAGCUCUACAUCUUUAGCACACCCUAUGCUGGUUUUCGGGUGUGGAUAUGAUCAGAAGCAUCCUGGUCAUAGUCCCCCACCUUCCACAGCAGGGGUUCUUGGCCUUGGAAAUGGCAGAAUAAGCAUUCUGUCACAGCUUAAUUCUCUUGGUCUAAUUCGCAAUGUGGUGGGACACUGCUUAAGCGGGAGAGGAGGAGGCUUUUUAUUCUUUGGUGGUAUGCUCAUUCCCCAAUCUGGUAUAGUUUGGACCCCAAUAUUGCAGAGUUCCUCUUCCUCGGUAAAGCACUACAAAACAGGUCCAGCAGACCUGUUGUUCAAUGGAAAGCCUACUUCUGUGAAGGGUCUUGAACUUAUAUUUGAUAGUGGAGCUUCCUACACAUACUUCAAUUCCCAAGCUUAUGGAGCUUUCGUUCAACUGGUAACUAAUGAUAUAAAGGGGAAGCAAUUGAGUAGAGCAACUAAGGAUCCAUCUCUGCCAAUUUGUUGGAAGGGUCCAAAGCCUUUCAAAUCUCUACAUGAUGUCACUAGCAAUUUUAAGGCCCUAGCACUGAGCUUCACAAAAUCCAAGAAUUCACUGCUGCAACUACCACCACAAGCUUAUUUAAUUGUCACUACUCAUGGCAAUGUUUGCUUGGGGAUUCUAAAUGGCACUGAAAUAGGACUAGAAAAUGCUAACUUAAUUGGAGCCAUCUCUUUACAAGAUAAGAUAGUGAUUUAUGACAACGAGAACCAGCAGAUUGGAUGGACCUCUGCAAAUUGUGGUGAAUCAUGUUUCGAGACGUGAAUUGUGGGUUACUAAUAUGUAUCCAAAUAAACCUCUCAAAUCAUAAAUAAAUCUGAUGAAUUUUCUCUUUAUCUUAGCCUUGCAACUUUUGAUGUUAUAGAUUGUCAUUAAGUUUUUACUAGUUAGGCAAGAAAUAUUACGGUGCU